UUUACGGAAGAAUGGUGCUUCUGUUCGCGCGGUUCUAACGGUGAUUUGACUCCGCGGUAGCUUCGCGGCUACCUUCAGGCCGCACCGUUCGCGGGCAUGUCGCGCAUGUCGCGUAGGUUAGGAUUCGAAUGGGACAGCUGUCUCUCGUGGGACUGUUUUGCUACGUGAUUCGGUGACACAAAAUUGGUGGCAAUUAUGGAUGUUUCGGUGCAAAAUGACUUUAUCAUCAAAAUGAUAGAUCACGAGAAGGGCAAGGGAAUGUUUGCCAACCGCCCGAUCAAAGAGGGAGAUGUCAUACUAACAGAGAACCCUAUAGUUUCUUGUCAGUUCUCGUGGAACUUGGAGUACGGAUACUUGACGUGCGAUUACUGCAUGGCACCGUUAGAAACCGCCGAGGAAAACGUUCAGAGGUUGGCGGGCAACUGUGAAAUGUUUCUGCCGCACAUGGGAUGCUGCAAGACGGACAAAAGUUCAAUAACGGAGUGUUUGGCGUGUGGCGUCAAGUACUGUAGCUUAAAUUGUCAAAAUGAAGCGUUCAAAAGGUAUCACAGUACGUUAUGCUUACAGUCGAGGAACGUAGACACGAACCAUCCUCUCGUCCAACUGAACGAAAUGUGGAAGAGGAUGCAUUACCCGCCUGAGACUGCAACGGUCAUGUUACUCGCAAGGAUGGUUGCCAUGGUCAAUCAGGCGGACAACAAGGAGGAAGUUCUAGCGACGUUCUCGCAAUUCCGGCACCACACGACCAACGAGACGCACGAGAUCGCGCACAAUCUCCUAGGGGAGAAGUUUGCGGGGCAGAUCGAUAUCCUCCGGCAGAAGAUGCAGGAGGCACUCAACGUCGAGCACGUCGCGCAUUGGUUCACGCCAGACGGGUUUAGGAGUUUGUUGGCGCUGAUAGGGACGAACGCCCAAGGAAUCGGCACCAACGCGUUCAGCCGCUGGGUAAAGAACGUCCUCGACUCGAAGCUACCCGAAGAGGAACAGCGAAACGUCGAACAAUUGAUAGAUGUACUUUACGACGACAUGGACAAAGUGGUCGGCGCGUUUCUGAACAACGAGGGGUCCGGCCUGUACGUUCUGCAGUCGUCGGUGAACCACAGUUGCGCGCCGAACGCGAUCGUCGAGUUCCCUUACUCGAACUACGCUCUGGUGUUACGAGCGAGGCGCGACAUACUGAUCGGCGAGGAGAUCUGCAUCAGUUACCUCGACGACUGCAACAUGGCGAGCAGCAGGCACACCAGGCAGAAGGCACUGCGUUCCCUGUACCUGUUCGUUUGCAACUGCGAGAAGUGCCAGGCGCAGGCGAACGAUCCCGACGUAACGUCCGACGAGGAAGAAGACGACGAUACGGACGCUGAGGAUGUGGAGGAAGAAAUGGCGUGACAAUGCGAUGCGUUCGUAACAAAAUAGAUACGAGAUACCACAAAUACUAUAGACAAAUAAAAAUUGUUUAUAACAAAUGAGAUAUGUGCACUUACAUGAUGAUACAUAUUUAUUUUACCAUUUUACGUGGACAAUGUAACAGAACGUUUGAUGGAAACUUCAAAAGUUUUGGAAAACGUACUUUAUUAAUGUAACAGAGCAGCUUUGAUGGCACGUUUCGAUUGUACGACAAAAGAGCUAGAUUACAAAAGGUUUGACACA